AUGGCGGCCGCGGAGCCGCCGGGAGCCGCGGAGCUGCCGCAGCUGGCGGAAAAUCUGCUCUGCCGGCUGCAGGAGAAUUUUGAGGCUCUGACGGAGAAGCUGACGCUGAGAAUGGAAGAAAUGGGCGAGCGCAUCAAUGACCUUGAGAAGCGUGUUGCUGACCUGAUGACAGAGGCUGGGGUAGAAAACAGUGAUGAAGAAUUGGGACUGAGUGCAAUAUAAGGGGGCAGUGCUAACUCACCCCAAGUGUGUAAACCGAGGCUGUCCAUUCAUAGGGAAAUGUGUGUGGCUUGAAGUGUUGCUGGCCGUGACUCCUGCCCCUCAGGUAUGCUGACCUAGCUGAGGAUGCUCGCUGGUGUCAAUUUAUGUACCUCUGCUUUUAAACCUGCUGCAGCUUCCCAUUGUGGCUUGGAGCACACCCCUCACACACACUCACCACAAACACAGCAGUAAGCUAUAGUCAAUCACUUCAUAAUAUAAAAUGAUACUACGUAUCAGGAUUGUGUUCUGGAUUUUAUAUCUGUCUCAUGCACAUGCCGGCCCCCUCCCUGAUGAUGGCUGACUCUGUGCUCUCAGUAUUUGUGGGGCAGCACUGCUUCCGUGUGCUGUGGAUGCAAGUGAUGUUGUCUUCCUCUUGUGGCACACUUUCCUGAUUCAAAUUGAGACACAUGAAUUCCUCUUGUCAUUGGAACUUCUUAGGCAGUGAAAGACAUGAAUGUCUGUCAAUAUUCUGAAGUAAUUUAGGUAUCUAUUAAUUCUGAUGCCUUUUGCGCAAGGUAUGCAGUAAUUUUCAGAAAUGCAGAAAGACAAUCCACAAAGAUGUAUUUAACGGUACAGAGAGAGAUAUCUUCCUAUCUCCAUGCUGAAUCACAUUCGUGAAUAAAUCAUUAACCUACUUAUUCACUGUAUCUGUGCAGCACUGAAAUGAGGAUGUGUUUGAGGAAGACUAAGGUAGAACAGCAUAGCACUGACUCUGACAUUUUCCAGUCUAGAGUCACGCUGACAAAAAAUGUUAAGGGAAAACAAAUGUAUUUGUAUCGUGUCAUAACAGAAUCUUGGAAAAAAAAUUAAACUAUUGUCCCAGGAAAAAAUAGAAA